AUGGAUUUUCUAAAGCCAGACACAGUUUUAAACCUACAGAAUAUAAGAGCGGAGUUAGUCAAGAUGGAGGAUACCAUUAUCUUCCAGUUCAUUGAGAGAUCACAUUUCGCCACAUGCUCCUCUGUAUACCAACCAAAUCAUCCAGGUGUUUCAAUUCCAAACUUUGAUGGUUCAUUUCUUGACUGGGCUUUACUGCAUCUCGAAAUAACACAUUCCCAAUUAAGAAGAUUCGAAUCUCCAGAUGAAACUCCAUUUUUCCCAAAUGAAAUUUUGAAACCUAUUUUGCCUAGUAUCAACUACCCACCUAUUCUUGCAUCUUAUGCUUCGGAAGUUAAUUAUAAUGAUAAAAUUAAAAAAGUUUACAUUGAUAGAAUAGUUCCAUUGAUUUCAAAAUAUGAUGGUGAUCAAAAGGAGAAUUAUGGUUCUGUGGCUACUAGAGAUUGUGAAGUAUUACAAAACUUAAGUAGGAGAAUUCAUUUUGGAAAAUUUGUUGCUGAGGCUAAAUUUCAAUCCGCAAAAGAGUUAUACAUUGAAUUAAUUAAAAAUAAAGAUGUUGAAGGGAUUAUGAAACAUAUUACCAAUUCAGCUGUCGAAGAAAAAAUUCUAGAGAGGCUAACUAAAAAGGCAGAGGUAUAUGGUGUAGAUCCUACGAACAAAGAAGGAGAAAGAAGAAUAACACCUGAAUACUUAGUUAAAAUCUAUAAAGAAAUCGUUAUUCCAAUCACCAAAGAAGUUGAGGUAGAAUAUCUAUUGAGGAGACUCGAAUCUGAUUAUUAA